CCUCGGGAAGUGCCCGUCACGUUGAUCCGAUGGAUUCAAGUACACAACCCCACACGCAUCGAGAUUUUGCAGUCAAAACUCCACCAGCUUGAAUGGUCGAUGCACGGGACACCUGUUCAAGCACUGGAUUUAGCCUUGCAGCAUCUUAAAGGAAGCAGGCUGUGAGCCAAGGAGAAGGCAGAGGACAGAUAUGAAUGUGUUCCCAAGCUUUCCUGGUGGUCUGUGGCAUUCUCCAAACUCUUAUGCAAGGGCUAUUCCUGACCAAGAAGACCUAAGGAAACCAUCUCUGAAAUCAAGUCCGGAUGAAGAACUAAGAGAAAGGAAGUGAGCAUGGUUUUUGCUCACAGAAUGGAUGACAGCAAGCUGCCUCUGGUCACUCCUACACUUCUGGUGCCUCUUCAAAACCACAACUGCACGGAAACAGCCACAACCCCGCCAAGCCAUGCCCCAGCGGAGUUGCAUGAGGAGCACGGUUGGAUGAGCAACAGAACAGACCCUCAGUACGGACUGGGGCCCGGGGAGGUGGCCGCAGCCAGCAUUUUCUUCGGGACUCUGUGGUUGUUCUCCAUCUUUGGCAACUCCUUGGUUUGUCUGGUCAUCCACAGGAGCAGGAGGACUCAGUCCACCACCAACUACUUUGUGGUCUCCAUGGCGUGUGCUGACCUUCUCAUCAGCAUUGCCAGCACGCCCUUCGUCCUGCUCCAGUUCACCACUGGAAGGUGGACGCUUGGCAGCGCCAUGUGCAAGGUCGUGCGGUACUUUCACUAUCUCACUCCAGGCGUCCAGAUCUACGUUCUCCUCUCCAUCUGCCUCGACCGCUUCUACACUAUCGUCUAUCCUCUGAGCUUCAAGGUGUCCCGAGAAAAGGCCAAGAAAAUGAUUGCGGCGGCGUGGAUCUGUGACGCCGCCUUCGUGACCCCGGUGUUCUUUUUCUAUGGCUCCAACUGGGACCGUCAUUGUAAUUAUUUUCUCCCUUCCUCUUGGGAAGGGACUGCAUACACUGUCAUCCACUUCCUGGUGGGCUUUGUGAUUCCAUCCAUCCUCAUCAUCUUAUUUUACCAAAAGGUCAUAAAAUAUAUUUGGAGAAUAGGCACGGAUGGCCGAACAGUGAGGAGGACAAUGAACAUCGUGCCAAGGACAAAAGUGAGGACAAUCAAGAUGUUCCUCAUUUUAAACCUGCUGUUUUUGCUCUCCUGGCUGCCUUUCCAUGUGGCUCAGCUGUGGCACCCCCAUGAACAAGACUACAGGAAAAGUUCCCUUGUUUUCACAGCCCUCACAUGGAUAUCCUUUAGUUCUUCAGCCUCUAAACCCACUCUGUAUUCAAUUUAUAACGCCGAUUUUAGGAGGGGGAUGAAGGAGACUUUCUGCAUGUCCUCCAUGAAAUGUUACCGAAGCAAUGCCUACACUAUCACAACCAGUUCAAGGAUGGCCAAGAAAAACUAUGUUGGCAUUUCAGAAAUGCCCCCCACAGCCAAAACGAUAACCAAAGACUCGAUCUAUGAUUCAUUUGACAGAGAAGCCAAGGAAAAAAAGCUUGCUUGGCCUAUUAACUCAAAUCCACCAAAUACUUUUGUCUAAUUUCUCAGAGUUCUUUCAGUUGUUAUGCACCAGAGAUUAAAAAGCUUUAUCUAUAAAAACUGAAGCUAUUUACAUCUUUUUCACUCUGCUUUCUGAGGGAAAUGUUUUAUUUUGUAAAAUGCAUUCAUUUACUUA